AUAGUCCACAUAAAACAUAUUCCACUCCAUAGAAUAGUCAUCAUCUUCGAUUCUCCAUAAAAACCAUUAACAAUAAUACCAGCAAAUUAAACCCAGCAAUUUCUUACAUUUUCACUCAGACAUGGCUAAAGUUCUUGACUCCCAUUUCCUAGCUAUCACUGCCAUUAUCACUGUGUGUUAUCAAUUCGUAUUCUUUGUUGUUACAGCGCUUCUCAAGUUUGAUAAAGUCACCGACUUUGCUGGGAGCACAAAUUUUAUCAUACUUGCUGUAUUGACUAUAGUCAUCAAAGCCUCAUGGAAUUUUAGACAGGUAAUUCUGACUUUGCUCGUGGUCAUAUGGGGUCUACGUCUGGGGUUAUUUCUUUUGAUGAGGAUAUUGCAGUGGGGGGAGGACCAUCGAUUUGAUGAAAUGCGUGCAAAUUUGGGAAAACUGGCAGUAUUUUGGAUCUUUCAGGCUGUGUGGGUAUGGACUGUGAGCUUACCUGUAACAAUUGUCAAUGCAAGUGACAAGGAUCCAUCCAUUAGAGCAGUGGAUAUAAUUGGGUGGAUUAUGUGGUCCAUAGGUUUUUCUAUUGAAGCUACAGCUGAUCAGCAGAAACUUUCAUUCAAAAACUCACCAAGUAAUAGAGGGAAAUGGUGCAAUGUUGGAGUUUGGAAGUAUUCUCGUCAUCCAAACUACUUUGGAGAGAUAUUUCUUUGGUGGGGAAUUUUUAUCAGCUCAAUACCAGUUCUAGUAGGUGCUGAGUGGCUUGUUAUCAUUGGGCCAGUAUUCCUUACGCUGCUGCUACUUUUUGUCAGUGGAUUACCAUUGCUUGAGGCUUCAGCAGAUAAGAAAUUUGGCAGUGUGGAAGAAUACAGACAAUACAAGAAAGUUACUAGCCCACUUGUCCCUUUGCCACCAGCAGUAUAUGGAAAUUUGCCUUUGUGGUUCAAGAAGAUUUUCCUCUUUGAAUUUCCCAUAUACAGCAAGAGUCUUCCUCAAGAAGGAUAUAUGGUGUAGGUCAAACCCAUGAAAAAAGAAUGAAGAGAAGAUGGAGGCAAGACGGAGUAUACUGUUGAUAUUUGAAGAAUCCAAUGGGUGAAAAUAUUUUCUUCAUCCUUAACAUUAUAUCUCUGUCUGAUCUGUUUUACUUCCAGCUAUCUUGUACAGAACCAUUGUUCGCAUUAUUUUCACGUAGAUGGUUAGAAUAUCGAGAAAUCCUGAUUUCGUCGAUGAUGUUUGCUUGCACAAAAACCUGUGUAUGUAAGAUUGGUUUUACUGCUACAUAUCGUUGCGAUCAGCUGGUUAGGGGAUUCAGUGUAUUGUCGAGGAGUCACGUUGUUACAUGUCCAGAACUAAAUUGCAGAAGAUAGUGAGCAAAGGAGCAUAUAAUUGACAGGACUAA